CAUGCUGAUUAUCGAAGCCGACAAUCUGCGAGUCUCUUUCUCCAUGUUUCAGAUUUUCCCUUUCUGCAUAUGGCUACAUCAUCUAGUCGAGUUCGGGACCCCGGUGGGCUGAUUGUUUGGCCCAUCGUGGCUCGUCGUGCUAGAGGAUAAGUAGACGCUCUCGUCCUCCCUCAUCAAUUCGUUCCUAUUCAGUAUCUCCAUCAGUCCAACAGUCCAACAGUCCGAGACCAAUCCUUUCACUUCCUUUCUUUUCUUCCUUGACUCGUCUCAAACAACGUUAGAUCUCUUGAAGAGUUGGCCGCCAGACAAGCGACCUUGGUUCCCUCUUCCUGCUUCACAGCAAACUUGCAUCGUCAUAGUACAUAAGCAUUUUCAACACAAAAGUCAACAGUGGAGCCGGUCUCCUUUCCUGUCUUAUAAACUAAUCUUUCUAUUGUUGUUGUUUGUCAAAGUCGACAACAACAAAUUACCCGUCUUUGACAUGGCUUCUCUGGCAGCAGACAUGUCUUUUGACUUCACAUUUCCUUCUUGCGAGCCUGUCACCCCGCCAAGCUUUUCUUUUGACCCGUCUCUGCUCGAGAUUCCAUUCCACCCCGGGCAUGCUCGCUCCAGCUCGUAUAACUCCAUCAUCUCCACUACCGAGUCAUCGCCCUGCGACUCGGUCAGCAGUCACAUGACGACGCCAACGCGUCGCUCUCCGGCUCCUAUCAGACAACAUGGUCCUAUCUUGUUGCCCAAGAUCCGCUCCCAGGACCAGGAGAUCAAGCAAUCCGCUCCGAAGCGGGCGAGAACUUCAUUGACGCCGGCUCCCAGGCCCAGCCGCCCGGCUGCUUAUCGCCCAUCUCACAGCCGGAGCUUCACCAACCCGGAGUCUCUGAACCAGUUCUCAGCUGCCUUCUUCACACCUACCGAGAACCAGACUCAAUACUCGCAGUCACUCAUGUGCUCACCUGUCAUCUUCCCUCAGGACAACAUGCAAUCACGCCGCGCAUCUACAUGCAGUCUGGACGGUACGACCCUGGAGAAGUACGGCUUCCCUACAUACCGCCAGAUGCCCACCUACAUGCCGGCCGUUCCCCAACCCGCUCAGGUUGACCCUUAUAUGUACUCUCAGUACACACCUCAAUAUGUAUCCCGUGCACCAUCACCCUUGAGCGUUGCAUCAACACCUGAGCCCGUUGCCUCUACUACGUUGAUGAGCUACAUGACAUCAGCCAACCCUGCCCCAUCCCUGGUUCGCACAAUCUCUUUCCCCCUGAAAGAUCCCAACACCAAGCAUUUCUGGUGGGACGUCCGACAGGUUCGCCCAUGGACAGGCUUCAACGCCUCUGCCAUCCUGUCCCUGCCUGGCGCGUCGGGUCUGCUAAGCUGCCCCAUCCCGGCUCCUCUCCUCCCCCAGCCCGCAGCCUCAUCCCGGCACCCAGAGACCGAGGCCGCACUCCACCAGAUCUACGCCUCAUACUACCUGCCCAAGCUGAACUCCGCCCUGGCCAUCUCCUCUCAGCGGCCCCUGCAGCUCUCCAUGCCCACCGCAAAGCAGGUCAACAACACUGAGCACAUCUUCACGGCCAACGUGUCCGGCGAUUCCGCCUCCGCGGCCGCCAUGUUCGGCGGCAAGCCCACGGCACGCGUCGUGGGACUCGUCAAGAGCUUCGACCGCUUCAACACGGGCAUGCGCGUCGAGGGCAACAUCAAGCGCGUCGAGUACCUGCGAGGCUUGUCGCACCUGCACCACGUCAUGCGCGAGUACGGCUGCCGCUACGGCUUCAUCCUCACCGAGAUCGAGCUCGUCGUCGUCCGCAACGGCGGCGAGAACACGCCUCACUUCGGCUUCCUCGAGGUCUCCAGCGUCCAGCUCGCCGCCGCCGGCGAGGAGGACUUCCAGGAGGACCAGGGCCUCACCGCCUGCCUCGCCCUCUGGGGCCUGUGCAUGAUGGCCUCGGACGAGCCCGCGCCCGGCCACGCCGGCUGGAGGAGUGAGAUCGGUGCCCCUGCCGAGGGCACCAGGAGGAAGGCCCUCGCUAGGGAUGACUGGAUGCCGCAGCCGCAGCUCGCAGAGAAGAGGGAGGCCAAGAGGGCCAGGGGCUGGGUGUUGCCCGAGGACCCCGUCGGCCGCAAGGAGUUGGGCAAGAGGGGUGUGAGGUAUGGAGGUUGUUAAAGAAAGAGCGCGGUUGCACAAGAGAAGGAAAGACUGAGUAGGUGCUGGCUGGCUUGGCUGGUUCCAGGCCUCCAGCUACUACUGAUGAUGAUCAUGAA